GCGGCUUCUUUGAUUGAAUUAUGAUGAAAAAUAUAAUAAAUAAUUGAAGAUACUUCUAAUCUUUAAGCGAAUUCGAUAUAUCCAUUGCAUAGACCAAAAUGUCAAGUGCUAAAGGAAAACAUGUUGAAGUUGCUUCAGCUAGAAAUAGACUUGGUGCCACAUUACAGAAUCUUGUAGAUCAGAAAGAUGAUGGACCAAGUGAUAGUGAGGAGGUUACUCAUCCAGUUUUACCCACACCAAGAUCAUCUAAUUCAAAUUCUGCCUCUCCCAAGAAAUCUCCAUCUAAAGCCAACAGAAAACGAAAGCGAAAAGAUGACCUAGGAAGUUUAAGGUCUGGACAGCCACAACAUACAUAUGUGAUGAAGUUAUUUGAUAGAAGUGUUGAUUUAGCUCAGUUUAAUGAAGAAACUCCUCUAUAUCCAGUAUGCAGAGCUUGGAUUAAGAACGAUCCACAGAGUAAAGAACCACUGGUAGCUCCACCUGUACAGAGAUCCCCGUCACCUAGUCAGGACAUUAAACCUGGCAGUGAUGACGAGAUGGACAGGUUCCCAGAUGUAUAUGAACUGCCCCCACCAAUAAAACAAGAGAAGAGUGAUAUACAUGUUGAUCAUCGUGUACCAGUACCUACCCCUCAACCACAGGAACAUCUUGAUAUUCAUUCUACUAAUGAAGGAGCCCCACCAGAACAACUGUUAAUAAAUCAUAUGGCAAGAUGGAAAGAAACCAGAAACAGAUGGCAGAUAACAGGGUUAAAAAAUGAAAUGAGAUAUGCUGACAGUAUGUGUAUAUUAAAACAGAUGUAUGAUAGACAGUGUCAAAAAUAAACAUUGUGAAUUUUAUAUACUUAAAAGGAUCUAAUCUAUGUAUUGUAUAAUAAUAUAAUCCACCAUAGUGAACAGAUAAUGGCUGGUGCUUUCAAUUAUUUUGGCGAUACAUUUUAGUACAUAAUUUCAUAUUUCUUACAAUUUAUUGUUGCACUUGAAACCAGCAUAAAAUCCAGAAGAACUAUCAGGCUAAUGAAAGAGACUUCUAUAGACCAAAUAAAAGUCAUAAUUUUUGAAUGAAUUGAGCCAUACUAGUGAGUUGUAUUCAGAUAGCUUUGAGAUGGGGAUCCAACCAUAAUAUUCAUACUAUACCACUUUGGAUUAGACUUACAACUUCAUGCUCACUGUUCAUUCAUAAAAUAUGUCAAGAAAAUCCCCAAAAUGACAAAAUAAACACUUUUCAUAUUAA